CACGCGCGCCUCUGACGUCACUUCCUUCGCGCGGGAUGCUAACGCUAGCUGUCUGACAGUCAGUUAGUCCGCCCCAACCGAGAACGGGUCUACUGGCGUGGGCUAGAAACGGUGAAGGGUUUCAUUAGUUUUUUCCCCCGAGAAAUUCUUAAAAAAUACACCCAUCGACUGUGGAGGACACCACCGACACUCGUUCACACGCAGCUCCGGGUCUCCAGAGAGUUGUUGUGUGUUGUUUCUCCGUCGACGCUGUGUUGUUGACACUCAAGGCGACCACGUAUGUGUGUUGGUAUAUAAGCUAAAGCUCAGCUGUUAGCCUUUUUAAAGUUUAGGUUUUCCCUGGCAUGCCUUUAAAGCCCUCAGUGAACAACCCCGAUUCGGCUUUCGGCUGGUGUUAGGUCUCUAUUUUUGGGGGGGGUGCAAUGAAACUGCAGUGCGAUGUCGAGGUUGUGAAUCGGAUGCUCCCCACCUGUGGUUUGAAAAAUCGAGGGAGGGGAACGAGAGCGGUGCUGUCCAUCGGGAAGCAUUUAGACAAGACGACCCAGCGCAGCAAUGUUUACAUGAUGAUCUGCACAGCCAAGGACAGGGCGGGAUCCAAGUACAAGCUGAAAAACAACAUAGAGAAGUUCUUCACAUGGUUUGUGGAGGAGGGCAAGGCCACCGUGAGAUUAAAGGAACCGGCUGUUGACAUAUGUCUAAGCAAGGCUGAUGCAAAUAGCUUGAAAAACUUCCUCUCAGCGGCUCGUUUGGCAGACAGGGGAAGUGACUCAAGCAGCCUUCCGCUCUCCACGCUCACUCCUGUGCGUGCCAGGGAUGUCGAAAAACCCAAGAAGAAACUCACCAUUGUCUCCAAGAAAGACUACCCCCUCACCUCCAACUUCCCCUACUCUCUAGAGCAGCUCCAGGUGUCCUACUGCAAGCUUUCACGGGUGGACAUGCGCAUGCUGUCGCUGAAAGCUCUCCGCAAGCUAGACCUCAGUAACAACCACAUCAAGAAGCUCCCUGCCACCAUCGGUGACCUCAGCUGCCUGGCUGAGCUCGUCCUCCACAACAACCACCUGGAGAGCUUCAGCGAGGCCCUCUGCCUGUCCACCCUGCAGCGGACCCUCCAGCACCUGGACCUCAGCCAGAACCGACUGCGGGCCCUUCCCUCUCAUUUCUGCCAGCUCAGAGAAUUGGUCAACCUCAAACUGGAUGACAACAAACUCGUUUGCCUGCCGUUCCACAUCGGCCACCUCUCGAAGCUGAGGUUCCUGUCAGCGGCGCACAACGAGCUGGCUCUGCUGCCAGGUGACUUCCGCAAGCUGAGCCUGGAGAACCUGGACCUUUUUGGGAACCCAUUUACCCAGCCCAACCCUCUGGACCACACCAUUCACCUCACAUUCCCCCUUCCACUUCAGGAGAUAGCUUCCAGGGCUGUGGCCAACCUCAGGAUACCAUAUGGACCUCACCUGAUCCCUGCUCACUUGUGUCGGGACCUUGAACUAGCGAAGACCUGCAACUGCGGCCGUGUCUGCGUCAGCUACUUUAUCAAGACGGCAGUGAGCAUGAACCUCCACCAGGUCUCUCACACAGUGGUGCUGGUGGAUGACAUGGGCGGCACGGACGCACCGGUGCAGCACCACUUCUGCUCCCUCUCCUGUUACUCAGAGUUCCUAGACCUCUGUCUCCAAAGAGGAAUCAGAUGAAGAACAGAGUCUGGCAGCAAACACAGCCACAGCUGGAAAUGUGGAUCCUCUCGUCUGGGACUGAACUGAGCUGUAAACUCGGGGUGAUGUUACAGUACUUCCUGACAUGUAGUUGUUAUGGAGAUUAUUUGGUGAGACGGUGAGAAGAGAAAUUUGCAGUGCAACAAUAACAGAAAGCAGUGGUGCAGAUUUUUCAGGCAGUUCGAUUCUGCAAAGGGCAGUAUUGACAUUUUUCAAGCUUUGCUAUUUAAAAAACGCUUCAGGCUGCCUGUUCAACACAAAGAUCUCACUUUUAAUGCACUCCUCACGUAUCAAAGGCAGAGACUUCUGCAGAUUCAUACGUGACUGGGUUUUGUCACGAAUGAUUGGCCCUGAUUGUGAUGUAGCAAUAGUGGACAGUGACUCUGACGGUGACAGUUUUUGCUGUGCUGUUGCUCAAUCUAAGUUCUCUUCAUUCGUUGUAUCUUCAGCUAACACUUUUACUGUGUUGCUCUUCCUGCUUUCUGUCACAAAAUGCAGGUGCCCCUACCUCAGACUUACUUAUGCGACACGAGAGAAGAAUGAAAUCAGACACAAGUUUCAUUCUAGUUUCACUGCAAACUCAAUGCUUCAGGUUCCUUAAGUACUGUCUAAAGGGAGUUGGUUUUUACUUUGCUAACUGAUAAUCUGUUUUUAUAUGUAUAUGUGAAGAAUUAAAAGAAAAUAAAAUUAUUCUUUGUCAUGUCCUA